AUGAACCUCAUUUGGAUCCCCAUCCGCGCGCCCCGCGCCAUUUCGUACCGAACCGCUCUGACGCUGGGCGCUUGUGCGGGGCUGGUGCCGGCCAGCAGUACCCUGGCCCUGGCACCACAUGCUGGGCCCCUAAUACUGGUUAAGGUACAUGCUGCCGACGCUACGGAAGAGGAGCGUGCGAACAAAGUUGCAAUGCGAAACGUCAAGGAGGCGUAUUGCGUACAUCGUCUGAUACAUCGCAUCGUGGAGCGUGCGGGCUAA